AUGCCGAACAUUACACUAAAAGAAUACGUUGGUUUAUCCGUCUACGACAGCUAUGCCGAGAAGCAGCUGUUAGCAGCUUUGUACGGUCUGAUCUUUGUUGCUGGUGUGCUGGGUAACAUCUCUGUCCUGCUGGCCGUGGUUCUCUCCCGUAAACCUCGCACAACCACCAACGUUUUCGUGGUCAACUUGGCCGUGGCGGACCUCAUCACUUGCCUGAGUUUGCCCAUCAUGAUCCUGGCGGUGCUGAGCGAGAACAGGGCAAAGCUACUCGUUUCAGAGAGUCUUUGCACUUUUCAUGGAGUUUUAGUCGUCGUUUGUAUCGGUUGUAGCAUAAAUAACAUCACCUCUAUCGCCGUCUACCGUGCCCUGAUCACUCGCCGCAGGAACCGAAGCCGUUUUAUCUCGUUGUUCAAUCGUCGUGGUCUGGCAGCCUUAGUCACUACGAACUGGCUCAUUCCCUUUACGAUCGGCAUCCUGCCCAUCGUGUCUGAGUUCGGCUCGUACGGAUACGGCGAUGAACUCAGCACCUGUUCCUUCACUUUGAAAGCCAACGGAUCCAGUACGUACUCCAAGAUCAUGCUGGCCGUCUACUACCCAGUGCAGCUGGUCGUGACUUUCGUCAGCUACGCACUCAUCCUCAUCACGGUGAUAAAAGUUGCAAGAAAAGUCAACGCCAAUCCGAGACAGACAGUGGCUGUAGUUGGAGGGGCCAUGAGGCUAACUGCAGGACUCAGAACGACGCGACCAUCAGUCUAUGGCAAUGUCCCAGCUAGCAACCUGUUGCAGGUGCCUACUCCCGAUCGCCAUCUCCGGGGAGGUACUGGACGUCAGGCUUGGACGGCCUACCGUCCAUCGUCACGCGCCGCCCGUACGCACCCGGUCAGAUCUUCGGCCAGACCUCUUUUGCGUCGAAACCGCGAAGUAACACUCAGUCUGUUUCUCGUCCUCUUCUUCUUUCUGAUUUGCUGCACUCCCUUCGCAGUAGCAAUCGUGCUACUCCAGGACAGGUUUCACAAAUUUGUGCCCUUUCUAGCCGCACUGUUCAUCUCCAACAGCUGCAUAAACCCUGUGAUUUACACGGCCCGGCAUCCAGAGUUCAAAGCGGUUAUCCGUUGCAUCAUAGUAUGCCGACUCUCAAAGAUACCCAUGAAAUCAUCCUUCCUACGGAGAUUGCUCACACUCCAAGAAAGAUAUCAUAUGGAAUUUAAAAAAUGA